AUGGGGUUUGGCGGAGUCAUUCUCCGCUUCUUCAACCUGGGCAUCCGAGUCCUGCAGUUCCUGGAUGCGGCCGUCAUCCUCGGCAUUUUCUCAUACUUCCUCGCCGUGCUCAGUCAGAAUGACCAGUCUAUCCCGCAGUGGAUGAAAGCUACCGAGGGUCUCGCCGGGGCUGCUUGUCUCUACGCACUUCUCGGUAGCCUUUUCACCUGCUGCGUGGGUGGGGUGGCCUUCUUCGCGGCGAUUGCCAUCAUUCUCGAUGUCUGUUUCGUCGGCGCCAUGAUCGCCAUCACCGUCAUGACCCGUGACGGCGCCUCAACCUGUUCCGGCCAUGUCGAUACUCCCCUCGGGUCAGGCGACAGCACAAAGGACUCCGCCUCCAAGGUGUCGUUCGGGUUCGCGUGUCGGCUAGAGAAGGUCACAUUCGCCGUCGCAAUCAUUGGAAUCUGCUUCUUUCUAUUCUCGAUUCUCUUCCAGGUUCUCUACGCUCGUCACCACAAACGGGAGAAGCGUUUCGGUCCUUCCCCCGCCAACGGCUAUACCUACGGGACUCGUCGCCGCGCCUUCUGGCGUCGCAACAAGAACAGCCCCGAGACUGCCAGCGCCGACGACAUGCUUCCCGACCACCCAACGCCCCAGGACGUUGAGCUCGGCACCGCCUCAGAGAAGCCUAGCGGCGUUGGUGGCAUCUUCUCGCGCAACAAGAAUACGACGACUACUGCCCCCGCGCAGAAUCCCUACAGCUACGGGAACUCCGCCUAUACGGGUAACUACUAG